CACCCGCGGCGGCGGCGGUUGCAGAGACACGCGUGGGCGCUUGGGUUGGGUUUGAUUUUUUGGGGGGUUUUCUGCCGGCUUUCCUAGGCCAGCCGCUCUGAGGAGGAGGCGGCCUUGGUCCCUCCCCCUGGCGGCCCCGCCUCGCUCGCUCUGCGCGCUCUCUGCCCUUUGACGUGGCACCGGCUUUCCCCCUCAGCCAUGUUGGUUGCGUCGGCAGUGCUGGAGGAGCCGUGAGGGAGAGAGAGAGAGAGGCGCGCACGGCAGGUGGGCAGGCGGAGGCGGCUCUUCGGGCUGAGGCAGUUUCAGAAAUAAGGUAUAGUAAUGGCAACCUUCCUGGAGUUCAUCCAGCAGAAUGAAGACAGGGAUGGUGUUCGAUUCAGUUGGAACGUAUGGCCUUCUAGUCGUCUUGAAGCCACAAGAAUGGUGGUUCCAGUGGCCUCCCUGUUUACACCAUUGAAAGAGCGGCCCGACUUGCCUCCUAUUCAGUACGAGCCUGUCCUGUGCAGUAGAACUACCUGCCGUGCUGUUCUAAAUCCAUUAUGCCAGGUGGAUUACAGAGCAAAACUAUGGGCUUGUAAUUUUUGUUAUCAGAGAAAUCAGUUUCCUCCCACAUAUGCUGGCAUAUCCGAGAUGAACCAACCUGCAGAACUCUUACCUCAGUUUUCUAGUAUUGAAUAUGUAGUACAACGUGGACCUCAAAUGCCUUUGAUAUUUCUUUAUGUUGUUGACACCUGUAUGGAAGAUGAAGACUUGCAAGCUUUGAAGGAAUCCAUGCAGAUGUCAUUAAGUCUUCUACCUCCAACUGCAUUGGUGGGGCUUAUUACUUUUGGGAGAAUGGUUCAAGUUCAUGAACUUGGCUGUGAAGGAAUUUCCAAAAGUUAUGUCUUCAGAGGGACAAAAGAUCUCUCUGCAAAACAGCUUCAGGAAAUGCUAGGACUUACAAAAAUGAAUGUUUCACAAGUAGGACGUGGUCCUCAGGUGCAGCAGCCGCCAUCUUCUAACAGAUUCUUACAGCCAGUGCAGAAAAUUGACAUGAAUCUUACUGAUCUUUUGGGUGAACUGCAACGGGAUCCUUGGCCUGUUCCCCAAGGGAAAAGACCUUUGCGAUCUUCUGGAGUGGCUCUUUCCAUAGCUGUCGGACUGCUAGAGUGUACUUUCCCUAACACUGGUGCCCGUAUAAUGAUGUUUAUUGGUGGACCUGCUACCCAGGGACCUGGGAUGGUAGUAGGGGAUGAACUCAAGUUGCCCAUAAGAUCUUGGCACGAUAUUGAAAAAGACAAUGCCAAAUACGUUAAAAAGGCUACUAAGCAUUUUGAAGCUCUGGCAAAUCGUGCUGCUACAACAGGUCACGUUAUUGACAUCUAUGCAUGUGCAUUAGAUCAGACUGGUCUUCUAGAGAUGAAAUGCUGUCCCAAUUACACAGGAGGUUACAUGGUAAUGGGAGACUCUUUCAAUACGUCUUUGUUCAAACAAACCUUUCAGCGAGUGUUUACCAAAGAUGUGCAGGGGCAAUUCAAGAUGGGAUUUGGGGGAACCUUAGAAAUCAAGACUUCCAGAGAAAUAAAGAUAUCUGGAGCUAUUGGACCCUGUGUAUCUCUCAAUUCUAAAGGGCCUUGUGUUUCAGAAAAUGAGAUAGGAACAGGAGGUACAUGUCAGUGGAAGAUUUGUGGACUUAGCCCUACUACAACCCUUGCAUUGUACUUUGAAGUGGUGAAUCAGCAUAAUGCUCCAAUUCCUCAGGGUGGACGGGGUGCAAUCCAGUUUGUGACUCAGUAUCAGCAUUCAAGUGGACAGAGGCGCAUUAGAGUAACUACUGUUGCCAGAAAUUGGGCAGAUGCUCAGACACAGAUUCAAAACAUCGCUGCUUCUUUUGACCAGGAGGCAGCUGCCAUUCUUAUGGCUAGACUGGCAGUGUACAGGGCUGAAACAGAGGAAGGACCUGAUGUUCUGAGGUGGCUGGACAGACAGCUCAUCAGACUGUGUCAGAAAUUUGGAGAAUACCACAAGGAUGAUCCAAGCUCCUUCAGAUUUUCAGAAACCUUUUCUCUUUACCCACAGUUUAUGUUCCAUUUAAGAAGAUCUCCUUUCUUACAAGUAUUCAACAACAGUCCUGAUGAAAGUUCCUAUUACCGCCAUAAUUUCAUGCGCCAAGAUCUGACUCAGUCACUAAUAAUGGUUCAGCCAAUCCUCUAUGCCUAUUCUUUCAAUGGACCCCCAGAGCCUGUUCUUUUAGAUAGCAGCAGUAUUCUGCCUGAUCGCAUUCUUCUCAUGGACACCUUUUUUCAGAUCCUUAUUUAUCAUGGUGAGACCAUCGCUCAGUGGCGCAAGUCAGGCUACCAGGACAUGCCAGAAUAUGAAAACUUUCGCCAUUUGCUCCAAGCGCCAGCAGAUGAUGCACAGGAAAUUCUCCAUUCUAGGUUUCCAAUGCCACGAUACAUUGAUACAGAGCAUGGAGGGAGCCAGGCUCGUUUUCUGCUUUCUAAAGUAAACCCUUCUCAGACUCAUAACAACAUGUAUGCCUGGGGGCAGGAAUCUGGAGCACCCAUUCUUACUGAUGAUGUCAGUCUGCAAGUCUUCAUGGACCAUUUGAAGAAACUUGCUGUGUCGAGUGCUGCCUAAAAAUGUGUGGAAUGUUACAGAUUUUGACAAGCUGAAAUGACAUUUCAGCGUUAUUUCCCAUUUUAUGUAAUUGCAAAAUGAAUGCUCUGAUGUGCGCAAGCUGCCUAACUGCAUCUUAAAACAAUGUAGCUGUUGAGAGAGCAUUUUGGAUCAAAUACCUAAAUACAAACGGUUUUAAAAAAUAUCUUAUUUGGAUAUAAUUGGAAGCAAAAAAGUCAUUGGGCUGCCAUGAUGAUAUUGUAAUUUCCUAGUUAAUUGAUUAUACCUUUGUACUCUCUUUUUAUAUUAUAAUGGUGAAAAAUAUUAUUCUGGCUUGCACUGCAGAGACAUGGUAAACAUUGUAAAGCCAGUCCAUUGUUGUCAUUGGGCUUUCAGUGAUUUGCCUAGUGGCAUAUUCAUGUUUAUUCCUUUUGGCAAGGGAAGGACAAAGAAACAGACUAUAAAAUGCUAUACAUCCUGGUUUUUAAAAAUGUAAUCUAAACAUAUUUAUUUUUCGCAAUCAGCCAUAUGUUGAUGGUUUAGAAACUGUUCUUUUUUGGGGGAAGGGGAGACAGAAAAUCCUUUCCAUCAUCUUCCUUAACUGAAGAAACUGAAGCAGUAAAAACUGAAACAGAAUUGUCAGUUGUUCUUUCCAUCCGUACAAAUUGAUGGUCCUUAAUCUCUGGCAAAACCUGUAACUACUACAGACACUACCAAGACUGAGCGCUCUCAGAUUAAAAUUGUCCUAUGCUUGGUAUCUAUAUCCAGGCAGGGAAAAACAUUGUAGUAUAGUAACAAGCAAAACCUAUUGCUGCCUAUGUCCACAAAAUUAUAUGCUAUUUUUAUUAUAGCCCUAUAAUGUCAUCACAUUGUGUGGUGCUUGGUUUUUGUUCUGCUUCUGUUUUUGUUAUAAAUUAUGCAGGUUGUAAUUCUUGUCAAAACAGUAUUAUACAAUACAUGCCGUAAUUGUAAUAAAUCUAGUAAUACUCGG